AUGAGUGACACUUGGCUCUCCAAAUACAAGAAACCACCAAUCCAAAAGAAAACAAAAUCAAAAGAAGAAGUUGUUAUUAGUCGGAACAUCAGUGAAGCCAGAAACCGGUUGGAAGAAAGGUACUUCUUAUCACACCUUGAUAACAGCAGAGUUGGAUGGAAUAAGGCCUCACACAUUCAUUAUGGUUCUUCUUCAACUAUCACUGAUGUCCAGUUACCUGAUGAAGAUGAAAUUAGAAAAAAAGGGCUUCCUGUCAUUGAAGGUCCUCGGCAACGCAGGCCUCUUCCAGACAACCCAAUUGAGCAUCUCCCUGAAGAAAAACAGCUUGACAUCUGUGAACCAUCAGUUAAUACUCUAACUAAUACUAUAGAACAGGGAAAAAGUCCUAAACAAACCAAUUAUCCAGCUAGUGUUGCUACUCGAAAUACUUGCUCUGAUAGCAAAAAUCAGUGUCUUCAGAAUAGAAGGAUUUAUUCAAAAAAUUCAAGGGAUUUACUCUUGGAGCAUUUACUGAAAUGGAAUCCUAAGUGGUUAACUGAACAGAAGAAUAUAAAAACAAUUCCUCCUAUUGUGAAGAUGGAUCAACUUCUACCCUUGCUUAAUAGUUAUGCAUCCCUGGAGGAUUACCAGUCCAUAUUUAAACCUCUCCUACUUCUUGAAAUAUGGGAAAGUAUUUCCAAAGAUUUUUCAGAAAAUUGUUCCAAGUACAGAGGAUGGCAAGUAGCUUUUAGUAAUGUGCAGACCUUGAAUUCCUACUUAAUGGACUACAUUGUUUAUGGUGUUAUAUCAGUACAGAAUUACAAAAGUAAAAAACAAAUGAUGGAAGGUGAUCUUUUGAAGAUGAACUUACAGGUGCAGAAUCCUCAAAACAAUUUUACCAGAACAGAAAAUAUUCAGCAGAGUCUACCCUACCCUGUCAUUGGCCUAGUCGAGUCCAUCAAAUUCUAUGACCCACAAAUGCACAGUGAAAUACUUAAACGAUAUCCUCAACUUGUGGCUCUUUCUGAAGUGAAAUCAAAGUUCAAAAUCUACCGUGCAAUCAUCAAGACACAUUAUCGGAAAUUAAUUCAUGCAUUUACUGGUUUAAUGUCAUUGGAGCUUAUUUCUUCUUUGGUACCACAUUUAAGGCAAUUCCAAGCUUUGAUGUCUUUAUCUUCAAACCUACUUUGCCCUCAUAUACUGAAUCCUGGUAAAGGCGAGUCAGCUGAAAGUGGAGUAAACAUUCCUUCAACUAAGAAAUAUAACUCCUCACAGAUGAAAGCCAUUGCAGCAGCAGGGUACAUUGUACAGAAACCAUUGAAUCAACCAUCUUACUGCCUCAUUCAGGGACCACCAGGUACAGGCAAGUCCCACACAAUCAUUGGAAUCAUUCAUAAAAUAAAGCAAAUUAAUAAGGGUUGCAAGGUUUUAUUGUGUGCACCAUCAAAUGGUGCAAUUGAUGAACUUACUCGACGUCUCAUUAAGGAAAGACACAUAGCUCAAGCUGAAUCCAGAGAACCCUUGAAAGUUGUUCGGAUUGGUAACCCUGAUAAUAUACAUGAAGAUGUAUCAAGUUAUUCUCUUACUGAACUCAUCAAAUCUAAUACUAGAGCAGAAAUUCAGAACUGUGCAAGUGUGUAUCCAGAGUUAAAACGAGCUUGUGCCAAUGAAAAGAAAAUUAUACUCAAAUUGAAAGACCCUAAAUUAGAAGCAAAAAAUGCCACUGCUGAGGAACAGAAACGAAAGUUAAUGAAAGACUUGAGAAAUUUGCAAGAAAAAAAGAAAUUUCUAACAAAACAAUUUGAUCUUGCUCAGUCAGUGAGCGAAGCAUCAAACCUCAGUCAUAAGCAGGAAACAGAACUUCGUCAAAAUAUAUUGUUGAAAGCAGAUGUUAUAUGCAGCACAUUAAAUACUUGUGGUAGUUCUCUUUACCUCAAUGAUCUCAAAUUUCAGAUGUUUGACUGUAUCAUCAUUGAUGAAGCUUCCCAGUGUACAGAGUUGGACUGUUUGAUUCCACUACAGUACAACUGCUGCAAACUUAUCCUAGUUGGGGACACAGAACAACUUGCACCAACUGUUCUGUCACAGCAAGCAGCAGAAUAUAAUUAUGGCCAAUCAUUGUUUGAACGACUCUGCAACCACUUUAAAGAUCUGCAAGGGACAAUUUCAAAUCCCAUAAUCAUGUUAAACUGCCAAUAUCGAAUGCACCCAGAAAUCUGCAAGUUCUCCAGCCGCUAUAUCUAUGAGAAUAAACUGCUCAGUGAUAUGAAUCUGGAAUUGCGAAGUUCUCCUAUAAACAUUGUUCCUUAUUUAUUGUUUGAUAUACAAAAUGGAAAGCAAAUUCGUUCUCCAGAUACUGGUUCUCUUAGUAAUCCAAUAGAAGCUGAAUUCACUGUUAAUUUGUGUGACUAUCUUGUUGGUUUGAAUAUCACCAAUACUCCUUUGGGAAUUGGUAUUAUUGCUCCUUACAAGCUGCAAAAAAAAUUGCUCCAGGAUUUGUUAUCCCAGAGAAAAAUCUACAAAAUUGAAGUUACAACAGUGGAUGGCUUCCAAGGACGGGAGAAAGACAUUAUAAUCAUGUCCUGUGUUCGUGCACAAGGAAGUUGUGGAAAGAUUGGAUUUUUGACCAAUCGAAAACGACUAAAUGUGGCCUUAACUCGAGCUAAGUUUGCCCUAUACGUUGUUGGUCAUUUGCAUUCUUUAGAGCAUGCAGAUGAAGAUUGGAAAUCUUUAAUUCAAGAUGCUCAUCAAAGAAGUCUUGUGAUACCUGUCAGUUGUGGAGAUUCAGUUAAAGUAGCUGUUAAGAAUUGUAUGAAAUCUUAA